CACUAUUUCUUUGGACAUCCACGCCUCGAUCUCUUCCUGGGUCUAGUAGUCUUCUCUUCUUCCACGCGCAGGCGCAGCCAUCGUCGUCAUCGCCAUCGCCGCCGCGGCGCGCGCGCGCGCGCCCGUGACUGACUUCCGUAGGGGGGGACUGAGGCACGCCACCCCGCGCGCGCGCGCGCGCGCGUGCGGCCGCACAACCACGAACGCGCUCCGAAGUCUUCCUUCCGGGAGGGCACGUGUGGUUGGGGUAUAAAGGGGGAGAGAGGCACGAUGCCGCACGGCGUCGCGCUCGUCGUCGUCGUCGUCGUCGCUCCUGGCCGGUAGCGGAUGGGCGUCGUGGUGGGGUUGCAGCUUGCUCGCCUCGCCCUCGCCCUCGCCGUCGCCGUCGCCCCCGGGUUGCUCAGCUUCUCCGCCGCCGCCACCGCAGCCUGAAGCGCGCGGGCGUCGAAACGAGGAUGAGGGAGUACGGGCCCGCGGCGGCGCCGCGGCUGCUGGUGUCCGACUCCGGCCGCGUCCAUGAGAUGGAGAGGUUCUCGCAUUACGUCGUACAUUGACUUGCAAGAACUCAAUUCCAUCCACGAUUUUCGGAGGGGAUCGCAUGCUCCAGCGUUGGAAUGUGUGAUUUAUGUUUUUUCACCUUGUCUUCUUUGUCGAUUUCCUAGGCAAAUUGGGUUUGACCAUGUGGAUGAAUGCCCCCACCUAUGUACGCUGGCCUAUGAUUAUCUGAGGAAGAACAAGGGUUACGAAGAAAACAUAUUCGCGUUCUUCCAAAACAGCCAGGAUCCCGAGACUCUGAUUGUAAAGUUCAUCGAGGAACUCGACAAAUGUAUACUUGGCUACUUCUCAUUCCAUUGGAACUAUGCAACCUAUAUAAUUUCCCAGGUUUUGACUGUAGAAGGUGCUCCUAAAAGAAAGCUCAGGAACAUGGUAUUAGAGGCCACUAGGAAACAGAGAUUUGAAAGGGUUACAAGAAACUUGAAGGUGACCAGACUAUUCUCCACAUUGGUGGAGGAGCUGAAGGCCAUAGGACUAUCUUCCCAUGUUGAAGCACCACGGAGUGAUGUGAUGGUCCCAGCAGCACAUUGUGAUCGCAGCCCAGUUCUACUCUUGAUGGGUGGUGGGAUGGGAGCUGGCAAGAGCACCGUGCUUAAGGAUAUACUCAAGGAAGCAUUCUGGUCCGGAGCAGCUGCAAAUGCAGUAGUUGUAGAGGCAGAUGCAUUCAAGGAAACUGAUGUAAUCUAUCGAGCUAUCAGCUCAAGAGGCCACCACAAUGACAUGCUGCAGACGGCAGAACUGGUACAUCAGUCAUCGAUGGACGCAGCCUCGUCGCUCCUGGUGACUGCCCUCAACGAAGGGAGGGAUGUGAUCAUGGACGGCACCAUGUCGUGGGAGCCGUUUGUCCAGCAGACGAUCACCAUGGCCAGGGCUGUGCACCGGCAACGGUACCGCAUGGGUGUUGGCUACAAGGUCACGGAGGACGGGUCAAUCACUGAGGAGUACUGGGAGCCAGUUGAGGACUCCAGUACAGAUGAAGAAGGCGAGACGAGAAACAGGAAGCCAUAUCGCAUCGAGCUCGUAGGUGUGGUCUGUGAUGCCUAUCUUGCGGUUGUCAGGGGAAUCAGGAGAGCUGUGAUCACCGGGAGAGCAGUGAGGGUGAAGUCCCAGCUGAAGUCCCACAAGCGGUUCGCCACCGCGUUCCACAGCUACUGCAACCUCGUCGACAAUGCGAGGCUCUACUGCACCAACUCCACGGGCGCCGCCAAGCUGAUAGGAUGGAAGGACGGCGAGAGCAACCUUCUAGUGGACCCUGAAGAAAUCGGCUGCUUGGAGAGGGUGAGCCACCUCAACGACGAGGCCGACUGCGUCCACGAGAUCUAUCCGGACGGCUCGGCGGCGGCGGCCUGGGAGGCCCUGGUCACGUCGCCGUCGAGGGCGCCGGCGCAGCGGGAGAUCAUGGCGGCGGUCCAGAGGAGCGAGGCGCGCUUCCGGACCACGUCCACGCCCUCGUAGCUGCAGCACACGAUCACUCGUGUCAGGUUGGAAUUUUCUUUUCUUUUGACACGAUUUCAGGUAGGAUUGGGGGUAUUUGGGUGUUGGUUGUGUGUGGUGGCUGCCAAAUGGCUCGUGGGACACAGUUCGUGUUAUGUACGUAUCAUACUGUACAUUGUAUCAACUGAUCCUGACUCCGUUACCACCCGGCAUAUUGUUUCGUUUUGCCGGGCGAUCGAGCUGCAUCGAAUGGAGCUCGUCGGAGUCAUCGGUCAUGUACACAUGUGUCUUGUACGAUGUAUUCCGGAUCUAGACAAGAAACAACACAUACUUUUCAUGGUCACUUCAGUGAAAGCACUGAUGAAAAAAACUCAAUGACACUUCCCAUCGAAA